AUUCCUAUUAUAUCCGAGUGUGGAAGGGUGAGGGCUGAUAUAACCGUGCUACAAACUAACUGAAAAAAAAAUAGAACAUUUGCAGUUGCAAUCUGUAAAGUUGAGGCGGGGCAGAAAUCGUCAGCAAUAUGUGAGACGGGCGUUUUUCUCAUUUCUGAAACUCUUCCAUUUUCCCUAACAUGCCUCAAGCAAGCAUGAAAAUGAACAGGUUCUGCCGGAGUAGUUGAUAAAGUCAAACAGCACGCUCUUUUUGACGAGUCCAGCACGGACUAGGAAUGCGAUUCAGUCUCAUUGGAGAAUAAGUUUCGAAAGAAGGACUAAAUAGUUGCAAACAGCCUAAACUGAAACCAUGGACGUAUUCAAUUCAUGAAGAAUCUCAGUUGAGCCAUAAAGUUCUCUCUCAGGAAUCAGCAUGGCACACCGCUCUCAGUGUUCCUCAGCAGGGGAUAACCCCCUGGACCCCAAAUACCUGCCUUCCCACUUCCGCGAGGAGUACCGGCUGGCCAUUGACGCACUUGUGGAGGAUGACUUGGAGGGCUAUUAUGAAUUCCUUCAGAGUGCGGAUGUGGUGGACUUCCUCUCCAGACAGGAAAUUGAGCACAUUAGGUGCACAGUGCAAAUUCCAUACCAGAGCACUCAGCCAGAGCUCCCGUAUGUAGAGUCUGAGGGAGAUGGCUCUUCAGACACAUACUGGCCUGUGCACUCUGACUUGGAUGCACCUGGUCUUGACCUUGGCUGGCCCCAACAGCAUCACUUCAUAGGCCCCACCGAGGUCACCACGCUGGUUAACCCCUCUGAGCCAGAUAUGCCCAGUAUCAAGGCGCAGGCUCGUCGACUUAUCAAGAAUGCUCAACAAGUGAUUGCUGUGGUAAUGGACACCUUCACAGAUGUGGACAUCUUUGCUGAUAUUCUGGAUGCUGCCAUGCGAAGUGUUGCCGUGUAUAUCAUUCUGGAUGAACAGAAUGCACACCACUUUACUACCAUGGCUUCCAACUGCCGGGUCAAUCUGGAGAGCAUUCAAUUCAUGCGUGUCAGAACUGUGUCAGGCAUCACCUAUCGAUGUCGCUCUGGAAAGUCCUUCAAGGGUCAAAUGCUGGAUCGCUUCUUGCUGACAGACUGCAGGGCUGUCCUGAGUGGAAACUAUAGCUUCAUGUGGUCUUUUGAGAAGAUUCACCGUUGCAUGGCUCACCUCUUUCUUGGACAGCUUGUGACUACUUUUGAUGAGGAGUUCCGAAUCCUGUUUGCACAGUCCCAACCUUUGGUACCUGAAAAUGUCCUUGUUCCACUGCCAGACUACAGCAGUUUAUCUGACAGCCAAUACAGCACUGAUAGGACACCAUUGUUCAGAGAUCCCAGAAAGUUCCUGCCCAUAGAGAGCUCUCGUCCUAAAGAAUGGGCUAGACAUUCCUUUGAUGAUCAGAAAAGAAUGCCCCCUGGAAGGCACGAGCACAUCCACAGAUCACUAGAUCAGGGUCCACUAGAUAUGCACAGAAACAAGUACUCCUCACAGCAAUUUAGAAUAGAGCAGCAGUAUUUUAUGGAGCAAGGUCACCCUAUGAUACAGUCGAACACAAUGGAUUUUGCUGGCUCUAAAAGGCACAGUUAUGCAGAGGGCACUUAUGCCAGACACUCCUCCUCUCAAUUCAUGCAGCACCAAGCCAUGCACAACUUUGAGGAGGGUAUGGCAACCCAGAGCAGGAAGAUACAUAGGGAACAGCAUCACUACCAGAGAACAGGGCCAGAGCCUGGUUAUGGUAGCUACGAUCAAUUCAGGGACCAAGGGUACCCUCCGAUGGAUCAGUAUUCUGAGUCUGGGUACCCACAUGGAAUAGAGAUAGAGCCACCAGACAACUAUGACCCUGUAGUGAAUUAUUUAUCAUCAUCGAAACUUGCUAUGGAGAUGGGCCAUGGCUCAGACAAAUUAUCACAUCCAGGAGAGGGUCCCUUUUGUCAUUCAAAUGCAAAAAGACUGAGCGUGGGCCAUCCUUAUGCCUGUCAGACCUCCCCAACACAACAAAACCUGUCUGAACAGAAGCAGUUUUUUGUUGGGUCUGGUUCGGACCGUAAAACACAGGAUCCCAGUGCAAAGCAGGGGAUGCGAGAUUGGAGGAUCAGCUCAUACCUCAGUGCAUAUGAUGAUGCCGGGGAAGAAGACAUUUCACAGCCUUUUGGAAAUUAUCCCUUUGAAGAGCCCCUUAAUCCCUCACAAGGAAUAAUAUUUGCUCCACUGGUAUCAGAUCCCAUGUUUAAUGCAAAAGAGUUACCCAAGAUUGCAGGGCUCAGGUUAAAGACCACACGCCCAGAACAUUCAAGAACACCAGAUAUUAUUGUUAGCAUGGCAACAGAUGAAGGUGACAAAUCAGAGGAUAUGGAUGUAAAAGAGCCCAAAAGAGAAGAGUCAUUCCGUAGGAGGUUCAACCCUGCUAUCCAAAGGACCUCAAGGCUAAGAUCCUCACUAAUCUUCAGCUCACAACUAGAACAGCAUAUCUCUCAAGAACUGAACCUUACCUCAGGCCAACAUUGUGAGGAAACUGCCAACGAGGAAGAUGACCAAUCUAGAUUUUCCUUGACCGCUCAGAUUUUGGGAAAACGAAGAUCCAUAACAAGAGAACCUUUUCAAUGGAGAUGUAAUAAGCCAGCAACAGUUGAUAAUUCAAACAUAGAGUCUUUGAAAUUUGAGGACAUCACUACUGAUGCCGGUGAUAAGGAAUUGCAAAAUAAUCCUCCUUUGGGCACCAACAUGGCUUCUUCAAAGGAACAACCUAAACCUGACCAUGAAGAAGAUAGCAAAAUGGUACAAUGUGCACAUCCAUCCAAAUCUGCUCAAAUUGAGCAACCCAAAACCAUACAAAUAGCACACCUGCCAUCUUCAUUGAGCAAUACAUUAUAUAUAGAUAUGAAUGAUCCAGACAGUAGGUUCAAGUUUUUUAAAGAGUUGGCUGCCAAACGAAAAGCUGCAAAGGCUUCAGAGUCUGAGAGCAGCGCUGAAAAAGCUCCUCUAAAUCCAGUGACUCCAUUUGACUUGAAAACAAAAGACGAAGUCACAAGUGUAGAACCUACUCUUCCAGUGGCUCCACUAAAUCCAGCAGAUACUUCCACCAAAAAGCCAUCUACAUCAACAGAGGGACCUCUUAACCCAGAAGAUACAUCAAACAAAAAGAUAGCAACAUCAACAGAGGCCCUACGUAAUCCAGCAGAUACUUCAACAAACAAGACAUCAACAGAGACCCCACCUAUUCCAGCAGAUACUUCAACAAGCAAGACAGCAACAUCAACAGAGACCCCACCUAUUCCAGCAGAUACUUCAACAAACAAGACAGCAACAUCAACAGAGACCCCACCUAAUCCAGCAGAUACUUCCAACAAAAAGCCAGCUACAUCAACACAGACCCCUUCAGAAACACUGGAGACCUCACCUGUCUCACAGGGGAAUAAAGCAUCCAUGGCAACAAAUAGCUCAUUACAUCUUGAUGUCAAAGACAAGGCUUCUAAAAAUAAAGAACAGGAAGAACUUAAUCUUCCCAAAAGUGACUCCAAAACUCUCUUCAUUCGUAGAUUAUCUUGUGACGAUGGGCUACUUAGAGUCUCUAUGGAUGCUGAGAAGAUUGAGCUGAAGAACAGUCAGAACCAAAGUGUGUCUGAAGUUAACACAAGAGAUACAAGUGCAUUUCUUGAGCAGACCUCAAAAGAGCGUAUCUUUAACAACGCCCCAAAGGAGUUUAGUUCAUAUAAACUAUCACCAAAGGAACCAAAUUCUUCAAAUCCUGCUUCAAAGGAGCUGAGCCCAUCUCUUCCACUCACCCUAACAGAAGUUAGCUCGUCUCCAACAUCAACGAGUUUCAGUUUAGCUAAUCUCACUUCAUUUAAACAUGCCACAAAAGAUUUGAGCUCAGCCCUUACCCCCACCCUUAAUGAGUCCAGUUCAUCAAAGCAGAAAUUACUAUCCUCUAAACCAGUCACAGUAGAGUCCAACAAACCUCUGAGCCCCACCCAAUCCGAAUCAAGUGUCUCUUCUCAUCCCAUUCCAUCAAAAUCCAGCACCUCUGCUCAUACCAUCCCAUUGCAAUCAAGUCCCCCCAUUAUUCCUGGUCCAGUUGAGCCAGUUGUGUCUCCCAAGCCUGACAAAACUGAUUACAAGGAAUCUCUUAGCCCUACCCCAAUGCAAUCUUGCUCGUCCUCAAUCCCCGCCCCUGCAACAAAACUUAGCCUUCGGCUAAGCUCUACCCAAACAAAAUCCAGUUCCUUACCUACAUCCACCUUAGUUGGGUCCACUUCAUCAACACCAAUAGACUCUAACAUUUCUCCCAAUCCCUCCACAAAGGAGUCAUUGUUUACAAUUGCCACAACUGAGUUGAAGUCACCCUCUCCAAAGACCAACCCAAUAAAAUCCUACUCCUCUCCUAGUCCUGGCCAAAAUGAGUUUGUUUUAUCCCCCAAACCCUCCAAAACAGCAUCCAACUCUGAUCCAAAGCCCACCACAGCAGAGUUGAAUGACUCUCCCAACUCCUCACUUCCAUCGCCAAAGCAUUUCACGGAACAAGCCAACAAAUCUCCCAUCCUAACACCAACACAAUCUAGUUCUUCUUCCAAUCCAACAACAAGAGAACCCAACCCUCUUCCUAACAACACCCCAACAGAACCAGGUGCAUCUCCUGACCACACCCCAACAGAUUCAACUGCAUCUUCUAACCCUACCCAAACAAAAUCACAUUCCUCCCCUAUGUCUGCAUCAGGUGGAUCAGUUUUGUUCCCAAUGUCUGGUCAAACAAAAUCUAUCACUUCUCCAAACCUCACCCCAACAGAAUAUUGUUCCUCUCCUAAUCAUACCCCAACGGAGUCUACCUCACCAUUCAACCAAGUCCUUGUAGAAUCCAACCCAUCAAGUAACUCAAACCCAACUCAUUCCACUGCCUCUCAUGACACUGUCCCAGUUCCAUCCGUCAUUGUGGAUAACAGUAAGAAGGGCAAACUAAGUAACCUUAUCAAGGAGCAAAGAGCUGGAAGUUCUCCUGCCGCUAAAGGUGACAAGAAAGCAGGUGAUGCUGAGAUAAUGAGCAAAACUGCUCCUGGAGAAUCCGCCUCCCAUGGACCUCAGAGUCCUGAUGAAACCAAAGAGGAUGAUAGCACUAUGAAACCAGAGAGCCCUACAGAUCAAACUAAUCCCAUAUCACCCCCAGUGAAGCAAGCUAAAGUAAGUCAGUCCCACUACCAUUCAUCUACUGCCAAUGUACUCUCAAGCAGCAACCUAAGAGAUGACACAAAGCUCCUUUUAGGGCAGAUUUCUGCUAACAGCCAGAGCCGGACAGAAUUCACUAUAGAAUCUGCUGUCACUGAUGAUGCCAAACAGGAUGAGGCUGACCGGGGUGUUAGUGGUAAGGAGGAAGAAUCAGCCCAAGGACAGAGCAGAGGCCCGACUAGAACUUCUCAGGAGCGGGAGAAGCUACUUCAGAGAAUCGAGAGCAUGCGGAAGGAGAGGAAAGUAUACAGCCGCUUUGAGGUAAAGUACCAUACUGUAUCAAUAGGCCAGUAGCAAUUUACAAAAUACAAUUUUAAGGUACCUAUUGUACCCAAUGUACCCACUGUAUUGUGUUUUCACCCACACCUGCUUUCCUUCAUGUGAGCUCAUGUUUUCUGUUUAUUAUUCUGUAUUUUGAUAGAUGCCGCCUUAACCAGGGAUCGGAAGGAUGAUUGAGUAUGGAGAAAGACCAUCGCAAAUUCUCCUCUAAAACUUGUCCUUUAACUAUGUCCAUUCCCCAAAAGUCUAAAAUCACAGGUCAGAGAGGCACAGCUAGCUAUCCAGCAGAGAGGUAUUAUUCUCAGGUUUCUAUAUUAGAGUGUUCCUCCGAAUGGACUAUCUGCAUGUAAAUGAUUAAGGUUUAUGGGAACAUGAACAGAAACUUGACUUAAGUUGACUAAGUUUACCAACAUGGACUACUGUAUAAGUAAACAGAGACUCUACAGUGUGGACAAUGGACUACUGCUAUCUACAAGGUGGGACUGAAACAUGCAAUCUCAUCAGAUAAAUACACAGCUAAAUGUGAAAUAUAUUUGAAAAGUACUGUGUUCAUAGACACAGCGGACACAGGUAUUGUUGACUGUAUGGGUCAACUGCAAUGUAAUAUCUGUUACUCUCAUGGUUGUUUAAUUAUUAUCUGGUUGAGGAUCUGUUUUAUAUACUAACAGACAUUUCAAAAUACAAACAUUAGAAUCACCAUUAAUCAUCAUAGAACAUGUAAUCAUCAUAAACAGUGCAAGUAUAGCUUUCAAGUAGUUAAUGGACCACUUUCUUCAUUUCAGUAGGUUAGUAGGUGUAACAAAUCAGGAUGACAAUGUGCAAGAUAAACCAAAUGCAGGUAACUGCCAAAAUAAUGUAAACACAUAUGUAAAUGAGGGAUACAAAGAAUAUUGAAGGCAUGUUCUUCCACACAGGUGUGGUUCCUGAAUUAAUUAAGCAAUUAACAUCAUGCUUUGGGUCAUGUAUAAAAAUGCUGGGGCGGCCAUUAUUUUGGAUACUAUUGUUAUACCCCCAUAGGAUGACAAUGCUCCCAUCCGCAGGGCACAAGUGGUUACUGAAUGGUUUGAUGAGCAUUAAAACAAUGUAAACCAUACGCCAUGUUUGUCUCAGUCACCAGAUCUCAACCCAAUUGAACACUUCUGGGAGAUUCUGGAGUGGCGCCUGAGACAACGUUUUCCACCACCAUCAACAAAACACAAAUUAUGGAAUUUCUCAUGGAAGAAUGGUGUUGCAUCCCUCCAAUAGAGUUACAGACACCUGCCGAAUCUAUGCCAAGGUGCAUUGAAGCUGUUCAUGGUGGCCCAACACCCUAUUAAAAAACAUUAUGUUGGUGUUUCUUUUAUUUAUUUAUUAAAUUUUUUGGCAGUUACCUGUGUAUGCAUGAAUAAUCAUGUGUAUUUGCACAAAAAUGUUAAUUCCAUGGGACAUUUCGAUCUCCUGUUUGGACUUUCAAAAGUAUGUGGACACCUGCUUGUCGAAAACAUGAUUCCAAAAUCAUGAGAAAUAGUAUGGAGUUGGUCCCCCCCCUUUACUGCUAUAACAGCCUCCACUCUUCUGGGAAGGCUUUCCCAAUAGAUGUUGGAACAAUGCUGUGGGGACUUGCUUCUAUUCAGCCACAAGAGCAUUGGUGAGGUCAGGCACUGAUGUUAGGUGAUUAGGCCUGGCUCUCAGUCGGCGUUCCAAUUCAUCCCAAAGGUGUUCGAUGGGGUUGAGGUCAGGGCUCUGCGCAGGUCAGACAAGUUCUUCAACACCGAUCUCGCACAAACCAUUUCUGUAUGGAUUUCGCUUUGUGCAAGGAGGCAUUGUCAUGCUGAAACAGGAAAGGGCCUUCCCCAAACUGUUGCCACAAAGUUGGAAGCACAGAAUCGUCUAGAAUAACCAUGUAUUCUGUAGCGUUAAGAUUUCCCUUCACUGGAACUAAGGGGCCUAGCCCGAACCAUGAAAAACAGCCCCAGACCAUUAUGUCUCAUCCACCAAACUUUACAGUUGGCAUUAUGCAUUCGGCAGGUAGCGUUCUCCUGUUAUCUGACAAACCCAGAUGUGUCUGUCUGACUGCCACAUGGUGAAGCGUGACUCAUUACUCCAGAGAAUGCUUUUCCACUGCUCCGGCGUCCAAUUGGCGGCGAGUUUUACACCACUCCAGCUGACGCUUGGCUUUGCACAUGGCGAUCUUAGGCUUGUGUGCGGCUGCUCAGCCAUUGAAACCCAUUUCAUGAAUCUCCCGACGAACAGUUCUUAUGCUGACAUUGCUUCCUGAGGCAGUUUGGAACUCUGUAGUGAGUGAUGUGCAUUUGGAAGGUUUUCAGACCCCUUGACUUUUCCACAUUUUGUUAUGUUAGAGCCUUAUUCUAAAAUUGAUCAAAUUAGUUUUUUUGCUCAUCAAUCUACACACAGUACCCCACAAUGACAAAGCGAAAACAGGUUUUUAGACAUUUUUGCAAAUGUAUUCAAAAUAAAAAACAGAAAAAACAUAUUUACAUAAGUAUUCAGACCCUUUGCUAUAAGAGAGGAAAUUGAGCUCUGGUUGCAUCCUGUUUCCAUUGAUCAUCCUUGAGAUGUUUCUACAACAAGAUUGAAGUCCAUCUGUGAUAAAUUCAAUUGAUUGGACAUGAUUUGGAAAGGCACACACCUGACUAUAUAAGGUCCCACAGUUGACAGUGCAAGUCAGAGCAAAAACCAAGCCAUGAGAUCGAAGGAAUUGUCCGUAGAGCUCCGAGACAGGAAUGUGUUGAGGCACAGAUCUGGUGAAGGGUACCAAAACUGUCUGCAGCAUUGAAGGCCAAGAACACAGUGGCCUCCAUUAUUCUUGAAUGGAAGAAGUUUGGAACUACCAAGACUCUUCCUAGAGCUGGCCGCCCCGCCAAACUGAAACGUGGCACCAUCCCUACGGUGAAGCGUGGUCAUGGCAGCAUCAUGCUAUGGGGAUGUUUUUCAGAGGCAGGGACUGGGACACUAGUCAGGAUCAAGGGAAUGAUGAACGGAGCAAUGUACAGAAAGAUCCUUGUUAAAAACCUGCUCCAGAGUGUUCAGGAACUCAGACCGGACCUCAGACUGUUCACCUUCCUACAGGACAAUGACCCUAAGCACACAGGCAAGUCAACACAUGAGUGGCUUUGGGACAAGUCUCUGAAUGUCCUUGAGUGGCCCAGCCAGAGCCCGGACUUGAACCCGAUAGAACAUCUCUGGAGAGACUUUAAAAUAGCUGUGCAGCGACGCUCCCCAUCCAACCUGACCGAGCUUGAGAGGAUCUGCAGAGAAGAAUGGGAGAAACUCCCCAAAUACAGGUGUGCCAAGCUUAUAGCGUCAUACCCAAGAAGACUCAAGGCUGUAAUCGCUGCCAACAGUGCUUCAACAAAGUGCUGAGGAAAGGGUCUGAAUACUUAUGUAAAUGUGAAACUUCCGUGUUUUUUUGUACUCUGUAUAAAUGUAAUAAGCUAAAUAAAGUGUGUAAAUGAAUGCCA